UCCCGUCCCGACGCGCUCUCGCACUUCGCCGCCAUCGGGAACGUGUGAUUACGCAUCAAUAAAACAAGCGAUAUCGAUUUCGGGGGGAUUUCGUUCGCGUCGCGAACGGCGGCGGCGAACUUUUCGCCAAGUUCGGCCACGCUUCGCUAUUCCGACCGUACCUCAUGGUAUGAAUUCGGGAUUUCGGGCUCUUCAUCUCCCGCGCGAGUCUCGCCUGCUCGCGUGUGGGAACGUCUACGUGUGGGACGAUAAGAACCGUAAUUGAGAACGUGAGAGGCACACACGCAGCCCCGGUCGUCGAUCGCGCUACCUUGGCGAAGUCGAGGAGAAGCGCUGGCCGAGCUCGACGAGAACUUGGACGGGAGCUCUCAUGCGGCUGCGGCUCGAGACGUUUUACGACGGCCAGGUGCUGUCGUGGAGCAAGCUGCUGCUCUCGAUGCUCGGCCUCUGGCCGGAGAGUCGCAACGAUCUUCAAUUUGCCUUCUUCGCCGUGUACAUCAUCAACGUCAUGGCGUUGUUAGUGGUGGGCCUACUGCAGAAUAUGCACGACACCGACAGGCUCAUGAGGAACGUCACUUUCACCUUCCCGACCUCGCUGAUUGUGCUGAAGAAUCUCAUGUUCCGCUGGAAGAUGGGCAAGCUGUCGCCUCUAUUGGCAGCUGUAAGGAGCAACGUCAGGGAAGGACUCUAUCGGAGCCUCGCUGAGAGCCGCAAAGUGAUUUGGUACAACGCCGCGGCGACGCUCUUCACCGUAUCGUCCGCUGCCUCCUUGUUCUUCGUGCCCACAUUGUUUUACAUAAUACCGAUUCUCAGCUGCGUCCGAUCGAGUUCCGGCAACUGCACUCUUCCGUACGAGCUGCCCGCUCGCGUAAAUCUCCUGUACGAGAUAUCGGGGAUGCGCUCGUACGCGCUAUUUUGCGCGAUUUUACUGCCGUCCAGCACGUUCCUGACGAUCGGCGCGACCGCAGCGGACAGCCUGCUGGUCUCCCUGACGUUUUAUCUGUGCGGUCAGCUGUCGAUUCUCGGUCAUCGUGUGAGAAACACCGAGCCGCGAUCGCUCAGGUAUCAUCGUGAGAUGAAGCUUCUCGUGACGCGACACGCCGAGCUCUUGCGAUUGGCGAGCAUCCUGGCAGACGCGUUCAGUUCGCUCAUGUUCGUGCAAACGGUGGGUCUGAUCUUUUCUCUCUGCAUCGUGGUGUAUCAGCUACUUAUGACGGCCGAGAGCGGCAAAGGAUUGAACGAGAUGGUUCACUUUAUGAUUUACUCGGCCGCGGUGAUGUUGCUGGCGUUCUGCUAUUGUUUCCUCGGAGAGUGCUUGAUCGGCGAGAGCGUGGCGUUGGAUUGGGCGUGUUACUCCACAAACUGGCACGAAUUGCCGACCGAGUCCGUGCGUCUUCUAAUGAUAUGCAUUGCUCGAUCGCGGAAGCCGUUAUAUUUAACGGCCGGAAAGUUUUAUGUCUUUUCCCUGGAAAUGUUCGGCGCGAUUAUGAAGGCCUCCAUGGCGUAUCUCUCGGUGCUGAAGACCAUCGUGUAGUUCGGCUCGCUGAGCUCUGCGAUGCUGACGCUUGUCGGCGACACGUGAGAGUCCAUGCAUGCUUGAUUACUUAAGAAACAAAUAUACAAAGAUAAUUAUUUUCGCACGAUAUCCUGUAAAUAUGUCCUCAUUCCGCGAGACUUACGCUUGUACGACGUGUGUAAAUAGAAAAAGAAAAAAGGCAACAAGAAACGAUUCUCCAAUUGAGGCGUCCCGACCCAACUUUUCGUAUCUUCUUAAUCCUCUUAAACGCAUCGGAAGAGCAAGUGCGCGCACACUAGG